AUACGAUUCAAUGUUCAAGUAUUUUGUAGUUUGUCUAGCACUCUGCUCAUUGGCCGUUAGCGAACGGGUGCGAAAAAGUGGGAGUGAAAUUAAUGCGGAUGUUAAAAAAUGCUUCAAAGAGCAUCCAUUGAACGCAGAGCAGACUGCCCAGAUAAAGCUGAUGGAGAUACCCGAUGUGCCUGAGGUGCGUCCAUUUCUGCUGUGCUUUUCCCUGGCGCUGGAUAUCUUCUCCAUCCGCGAGGGGUUUCAUGUCGAACGCAUGCGCGAUCUGAUCCUCACGGAUCUGAGUGAUGACGAGAAACUGCAAAUUAUCCACAAAUGCGUGGAUAGUAACGAGCAGAAGAGUCCUGUCGGUGAGUGGACAUUCCGUGUUCACAAGUGUCUUGUUACCAGCAAAAUUGGCGGUCUUGCUAAAGCCAAAAAGGCUAAGGCCUAA